AUGAGCGACAGCGCUGACGAGUUUACUGGUGGGUCGCAGCCGCCACUCUCUGACCAGGGCGAUAUGGAGGGACAGGAAGUGCCAGAGGCCAUGGCAGCGCCGCCUGCUCAGACCGACCUAGACAGUGCAGAGCAUGACUCCGCUGUAGGGCACACAGUCGCUCCUCCGCGGGCCGCUCAUCGAGAGGACAGCGUGGCCUACUACGCCCAACUGCACACGGCUGAAGUGGACCUCGCCGUCAACGUCGCGCACGAUGUGCGUGUGCGUCCGGCAUCCUCCUCUCUCCGCCUCCACAACGGCGACGACGACGACGAAUCGCCCGAGUACGAGGAAAUAUCAACAGAGGGGGGUGAAAAUGGCAGCGUCGCCGGCGCUGAUAGCGGCAGUCCGUUGAGGGCUGUGCGUGUACCAGAGCAUCGCAACUCUGCGACCACCGCAGCGGCAACCCGCCAACCAACUCAAGGCACACAGGUAGACGCUGACGUGGACGUGGCAGAGCAGCAUCAGCAAUGCGGUGGCGACCAUGGCGGUGCUAGUGCUCCUGUUGCCCCUGGCUCAAGCGAGAGUCAAAGAACCGCCGAUAAUCCCUUGGCUGCCCCGCACGUAGCCAAGCACCAGCCGGCGGCUCCGCCGCCUUGGAGCCUUCUUCCUCAAGCGCCGUAUGGAACGGUUGAGGUGACCGUGACCCUGCUUCCGAUGAGGGCCGUCACCCGGCUUACCGUACCCGUGCGCUGCCCUAGCGUGUACCGUCCAACGGACGCAGAGGCAGCGGCUGCAGCUGCUUCGGGGCUGAACGGCGGCGCAGGAGACGGCGCAGGGCCGCACUGGAUUCUUGUUGUGAAAGAUCUCUUCGAAGGCAUCGCCGAUCAUCUCCUUGUCCACCCGCAGUCCAUUCGGCUCUUCCACCAACACAAACGCCUGCGCUUCAUGGGAACACUCUUCUUGGACUGCGAUGUCACAAGUGCCAUGGCGGGCCGCAGCGGCGCAGACGACGAUGGCGGUGCCGCGAAAGGCAAUCUCAACGAUCGUGCUGAGCCCAUCUGGAUCUCUGCCACCUUCCCAGCGGCCGAGGAUGUGCACCGCGCCGGUGCUCAUGGCACGGCGCUCGCGCGUGACGAUACCAAUGGCGAGAAUGAAGAAGCGCAGGCGUCGCUUACGGCUGUGCCGGAGCAUCUCUGCAAACUCGGCCCCGACGAUCAUGUCGCGCGGUGCAUCCGCAUCCGGCCGCACAAGUUAGAAGUCCCACCCCACGUCCUCGUCGAAGGACGCAGACAGGGGUACAGCUACGACGAAGUGAUCCAACGUAUGCAAGCCAUUCAAGACGUUCAGCAGCUGCCGGCGUCACACGGGGGAAGCGGUGGCGACGGUGCAGGUGAUGGGGUAUCCGCGGUGCGGCCGAAUUUUGCCAUUGUCGCCAUCCUUCAAGACGGCCCCGUGGCUCCAGGGAAGGCGUAUCUCGGCGGGUACCGUGACAAGCGUCACCCGGAGAAUGUGCGGCUGCACGCCGCGACGCAGCUUUACCAUCGCGACCUCGACUACUCCCCCUUCGCUGCGACAAAGGGCUCGUCGAUUAAUCGGUGCACUCGCCAGACGCAGACCCUUGGCAUCUCGCGCAGCUGUCAGACACACCGGGAGGCGUGUGUUCAGACGCCGCGCAUUGACCUGCUCCUGGAUGCGGCGCACGACUUUAUCGUCGUGGCGCGGCCGUACUUCACCGCGGCUGAGCUCCAGGCGUUGCGAGUGGAGAUGGCGAUUAUCAUUCAGAAGAUGUACCGUCAGUGGAAAGCUCGACGCAUCCGCGCUGAGCUCGAGGCGGCUGAGGCAGCACGUCAGCACCGCGCCGGGGUGCGCCAGAGUCGGGAGGAGGCACUGCAGAUGGCCGUGGAGGACGCCGCAAAGCUGCGCCGCGACGACCCGCGCAGCGCCGCCGACUUUGAGCGCUUGAAGCAGGACAUUCUUAACUGGCGCGCCGACGAGGCGGCGCGCAUCCAGCGCGACCCGUCGCUGUCGCCGGCUGAGGUCAGGGCGGCGUUGCUGGCGCUCACAGAGACGGAGCUGCAGCUCCUGCAGCAGCUCGACCAGCGUCGUCGCGAAGUCGGAAAGACGCAGCAGGAAAGGCACUUUGUGCAAACACUGAACCGCAUGGCCGCCCCCAAGCAAUGGGGCACCGUGCACGUGCGCACCCCCGAAACAGAACGUGCUGCCGAGCUGCGCGACUUGUACGAGCGGCUCUGUCUCACCUCUAGCGGCUCUGUUGCAGUGGUAAAGGCCUCUGCAUCGCUGUCGAUCAAAGCACCAGCCGGCUUUGGCUCCUCGUCGGUGGGGCCGAUGGCAGGGAACAUUGUGCGCAACCCGGCAUUCGCCUCACCGUCGCCAUGGGCAAACACGGCAGCUGUCGGGUCUGCACUGGCUGCAACACCGACGAUGGACAGUGCCGUUGCUGGCCUGCCGUCGGCAACAGCAGCCCGGCUAGAUAUCCUCUUGCGCGUCAAGUGGACGGUGCGGGAGUUCAGCGCCAGCUCGCUGCUCACGCAGGAGCUGUGCGAGCUCGUCGAUCGUGAGGCGGACCUGCUGCACCGUGGUCGCAAGGAGGCGUCCCUGGCGAGUCUGCGGCAGCGCAUCCAGUUCCUGUUUGCGCAGUUCAUAGAGGACCCGCAGUACAACCCCAUUGCAAAGGAAUUCGCCCAGACAGCGCGCGACCGCGUGCGCGUCAAGGCGGCUGAGCUGACGCAAGAAAAGGCGAAGUCCCGGAAAGGGCAGACGACGGCAUCCGUCUAG